AUGCCGUGUCAACAGACAAUCCUACCGAUGCCAAUUGCUAGCGAAAGCAACAGUAGCUCCUCGUCGAACGAGUGCAAAUUGAAUAACGACAAGCAAAUGAGUGCCAACAGUGGUUACUCGGCGGAUGGUAGCUCCGCCGCUGCUACCAACAGUCCACCUGUGUAUAUUGGCUUUAGGGGCGCUAAUAAAAAGGAUGAUGGUGUCACACAGAGUAACCGUAGAGAGGCAACAGAGCUCAGUUUCCGGGCUUCCAGGGCCAAAGAGGACCUGAAAAAGGGUGGUCUUCCCAUUCCUAAAAUCCAGAUUGAAGCCAGUCGGUCUCUCGAAGGAUGCAAGGUCGACAUGAGCAAAGUCAAGUUGGUGACUGCCAAGAGUGUCAGUCAAUCUGCCUUUCUGAUUGACAAGACAAAAUACGUCGUGCCUCAGUGUGCACAGGAAUACAACCGUCUCUUUGUCGCCACCUAUCAAUCUUAUGAAAAGAACGAUGCAUCGCAGUGGGAUAGCAGUACAUCCUCCGUGACAUCGUCCGAAAGUGAGGACGCGAAUAGCAUGCCUCCACCAGCCCUGGUGCUGCCGCCUCGUUUGGAAGAUGCUCUAAAGGCCAACGAGACUCUCAAAAGGAGAAACAACAGUGGCCGGUCCAAACGCAAACGCGUCUCGGAUGACAACGCUCCCAAAUUAAAGCAUGUCACUGUCAACGAUGCACUAGAGGCAUCUCUUGACGCCAGAGUGGUGACUCUCUCAUUGGCUCCCUACAUUGUGGUUCAUGUCAACACGGCAUACACUCGGUUGACAGGGUUCUCCUCUGCCACAGUGCUGGGCAAGCCACUGGUAGAUUGUCUCAGUCCCAGCUGCAAAGAUUGGAUCAAAUGUAGCGUUGCUACGCAUCCCAUUUCCGCAUUGCACGAUCGAGUCGCCCCAAUACGGGCCAAGGGAACGAACAAGCACGACUGCUGUUGUCGCCUGCAAGCCACUCUGGUAGGUCCACAGCUGGAAGGCAAAAAGGAGGUAGAUACCAGUUCGGUGACCCAUUAUGCCGUGUGUUUUAAACCAUUGCCGACGACAAAUCACAAUGAUCCAUCAGCCGUCAAGAAACCCAAGAUUGCAGAAUCAUCCGACCCCAAGAAAACCCCGAGUGAUAACGCUAGUCGCAUCAUGGGGUAG